AAUUUCGGCGCCCUUUGCUUGCUUUGUCAUUUUCAUUAACAAAUUCAUUAGAUUUCAAGCCUAUAAAUACAAACAAUCGCAUCGUCAAUCUCCAACUCAUUAACCUCUAUCUCUAUAUCUCUCUUUCUCUCUCACUUUUAUCACAAAAAAAUUCGGAAAAAACCAAGUCCUAGUGUUCAAAUGGCAAACUCCACAAGCCUCAUUGUUCUCUCACUUGCUUUUGUCUUCAUGAUUAACUCAGCCUUAGCCGCUAAAGCCCCAUACAAUGUGGCCAGUUUAGGAGGCAAAGGAGAUGGGAAGACUGAGUCAACCAAAGCCUUCAUUUCUGCAUGGGCCAAAGCUUGUGCCUCGGCGGAGCCGGCUGUCAUUUACGUGCCGAGGGGGAGGUUCUUGCUGCACAAUGUAGUGUUCGCCGGGCCUUGCAAAAAUAACGCAAUCACCUUCCGCAUUGCCGGCACUCUUGUAGCCCCAUCCGAUUACCGGGUCAUUGGAAAUGCCGAUAACUGGAUUUCCUUUGAGGAUGUGGAGGGGGUUACUAUAUCUGGUGGAAUUCUUGAUGGCAAAGGCACCGACUUGUGGGCUUGCAAGGCAGCAGGCAAGAGUUGCCCCAGUGGAGCAACGACAUUGAGUUUUUCUAACUCCAACGACAUCAAGGUUAGUGGCGUGAUAUCCCUAAACAGCCAAAUGUUCCACAUAGUCAUCAACGGCUGCCAUAAUGUGAAAAUGCAAAGUGUUAAAGUUUCUGCCUCCGGGCAGAGCCCCAACACUGAUGGCAUUCACGUCCAGAUGUCAUCCAGCGUCACGAUUCUCAACUCGAAGAUCGCAACGGGUGACGACUGUGUCUCAAUCGGUCCCGGUACUUCAGAUUUGUGGAUCGAAAACAUUAAAUGUGGACCCGGCCAUGGAAUCAGCAUUGGGAGUCUAGGAAAGGACCAAGAAGAGGCUGGUGUGCAAAAUGUAACAGUUAAAUCGAUUACCUUUUUCAAUACUCAAAAUGGUUUGAGGAUCAAAUCGUGGGGGAGGCCUAGCACUGGAUUUGCUAAGGACAUUCUUUUCCAACAUGCUGUAAUGCUCAAUGUCCAAAAUCCGAUUGUUAUCGAUCAAAAUUAUUGCCCGGACAACAAAGGCUGCCCUGGUCAGGUCUCUGGAGUUAAAAUCAGCGAUGUGACAUACCAAGACAUCCAUGGUACAUCGGCAACAGAAGUUGCAGUUAAGUUCGAUUGUAGUUCCAAGUACCCAUGUAGCAAUAUCAAAAUGAAGGAUGUGAAGCUCACUUACAAGAAUCAAGCAGCUGAAGCUUCAUGUAGCCAUGCAGCUGGAACAUCUCAUGGGACGGUGCAACCUACAAGUUGUUUGUAGGCACGAAAAAUGCAAACAAAUUUAUAUUUUGUUUGUACAAAAAUAUUAUAGCAAGAUUUUUAGUGAAUUACGUAGGUCAAUUAAUGAAGUAAUUGUUUGGUCCUGUGGCGUUGGCAGCCCACAUUGGGUUUCCUCUGAGCCUGGUCUUGCAAUCAGUCGAUGGGUAUUUGUAUCAUAAAUUGUACUAAGUCAUAUUAUUGUUGGGAGCAUUUUUGCUUACCAUUUUAAUUUAAUGUGUA